GCUGUUGUGUAAAGUGUCGAUUAUCGAGUCAUCGAUUUACUCCUCGCUACAAGGACACAGCUUUAGGAACACACACACACACACACACACGGUGAUGUAGCUCUUUACGUGUUAGCACAGCAGCCGGCAGCGUUACUCACUGUCUCCUGUGUUAAAGCUGAUUUAGAGCCGGUUAAGCUAACCAGCAGCUAAUUGUUUGUAGCAGAGCCUUGCUAGCUUCUCUGGAGUAACCCCUGUCGCUGACAAGUGGAGCGUGUGCGCGGCUGAGGAGGUGCGUGAGGAGCUGACAGCACCAGCCUGCUCCAGUCAUGGUGUUUAUCCAGAGCUACUGUGAAGCCAACUCCUCCAUCUCCCACACCUGGGUGGAUGAAGGCAUCUCCCCCUGCUUCUACUUCACACUCGUCCCGGCCAUCCUGCUCACCAUCUCGUUCUUCCUCGGUACCAUCCACUGCAUAUGCUACCAGAAAUAUGGCACAGCCAUGGAACCCAAGUUCAUCCCGCGCUCCCGCCUCUACGGUUUCCAGCUGGCCCUAUCCGUCCUCCUCGUGGUUCAGUUUCUCGGUGGGAUAGUGUGGCAGGCGACCACCGGAGGAGAACUCCCAGGCUAUGUGGUGCUCUAUGGCUGCUUCUCUGUGCUGGCCUGGGCCUGGGCCAUAUCCCUGCUCAGGGUGGAGAGACGCAGGGUCCUGGUGAUGGACCGGACAAGGGGGCACAGCACGUUCCUGCUGCUGUUCUGGGCUUUGGCCUUCUCAGCUGAGAACUUGGCUUUCGUCUCCUGGUACAGUCCUCACUGGUGGUGGGCGCUGGAGAACAACAAACAGCAGGUGCAGUUUGCCCUGUGGCUGAUUCGCUACAUCUGCACCGGGCUGCUCUUCUUUAUUGGUCUCAAAGCGCCCGGGUUGCCACGGAGACCAUACAUGCUUCUGAUAAACGAGGAUGAGCGGGACGUAGAGAACAGCGGCCAGAGUCUCUUGGGCAGAACAGAAGAGAACCAGUCCACGUGGAAGGGCUUCAGACAGAAGGUCCGUCUGCUCGUCCCCUACAUGUGGCCCAAAGGAAACAUCUUCCUCCAGCUGCUGGUCGUCUUCUGUUUGGGGCUGCUGGGAGUCGAGAGGGCCAUUAAUGUCUUUGUACCCAUUUACUACAAGAAUAUCGUGAAUGACCUAACCGGUGGCAGCAGCUGGCACACUGUGGCCACUACAGUGUGCAUUUAUGUCCUGCUCAAGUUCCUGCAGGGUGGAGGGGCAGGUGCCUCGGGGUUUGUCAGCAACAUCCGCUCGUUCCUGUGGAUCCGCGUGCAGCAGUUCACCAACCGCGUGGUUCAGGUGCAUCUGUUUGCCCACUUGCACUCGCUCUCCCUGCGCUGGCACCUGGGCCGCAAAACCGGGGAGGUGCUGAGAAGCAUCGACCGCGGCACCUCCUCCAUCAACAGCCUGCUCAGCUACAUAGUUUUCAGCAUCUUCCCGACCAUCGCCGAUAUCGUCAUCUCCAUCGUCUACUUCAUCACAUAUUUCAAUGCUUGGUUUGGCCUCAUCGUCUUCAUCUGCAUGACCUUGUACCUCACUUUGACCAUCAUCAUCACCGAGUGGAGGACAAAGUUCAGACGAGACAUGAAUCUGCAGGACAACAACGCCAAGUCCAAGGCUGUGGACUCCUUGUUAAACUUUGAGACGGUGAAAUACUACAAUGCAGAGAACUAUGAGGUUGGCCGUUUUGAGGAUUUCAUCUUAAAAUAUCAGGUGUCUGAGUGGAAGACCCAGGCGUCUUUGGCCUUCCUCAACCAAACGCAGAACCUCAUCAUCGGAUCGGGUCUGCUGGCCGGCUCCCUGCUCUGUGCCUACUUCGUAACCGAAGGAAAGUUUCAGGUUGGAGACUUUGUUCUCUUUGGUACCUACAUCAUCCAGCUGUACACCCCCCUCAACUGGUUUGGAACCUACUACAGAAUGAUCCAGAGUUCUUUCAUCGACAUGGAAAACAUGAUUCAACUAUUUGAAGAAGAGGAAGAGGUGAAAGAUGAAGUAAACGCUGGGAAUCUUGUUUACGAACUGGGAAAAGUGGAGUUUGAGCACGUUCACUUCAGCUACAUAAACGGCAAGGCGAUUCUCAACGACGUUUCCUUCACUGUGCUGCCGGGACAAACAGUCGCUCUGGUCGGACCGUCAGGGUCUGGGAAGAGCACCAUCAUUCGACUGCUCUUCCGUUUCUAUGAUGUUCAGGGAGGCUGCAUUCGCAUCGAUGGCCAGGAUAUAUCCAAAGUGAAGCAGACGUCUCUGCGGGCUCAUAUCGGCGUCGUUCCGCAGGACACUGUGUUAUUCAAUGACAACAUCCGGGAUAAUAUUCGCUACGGGCGCAUCUCUGCUAGCGAUCAGGAGGUGGAGGAGGCUGCUCUCGCUGCGGAUAUCCACGAUAAAAUCAUGACCUUCCCUGAAGGUUAUGAUACACAGGUGGGUGAAAGAGGUCUGAAGCUGAGUGGAGGAGAAAAGCAGAGGGUGGCCAUCGCCAGAACGAUCCUCAAAGCCCCGCAGAUCGUCCUGCUGGAUGAGGCCACAUCUGCACUAGACACACAAACCGAACGCAACAUCCAGGCGUCGUUGGCUAAAGUCUGUACCAAUCGUACAACCGUUGUUGUCGCCCACAGGUUGUCGACCAUCAUCGGCGCAGACCAGAUUCUUGUUAUAAGUGAGGGUCGGAUUGCAGAGAGAGGAUGUCACGAGGAAUUGUUGCUUAAGGGAGGCCUGUACGCAGACAUGUGGAUGAAGCAGCAGCAGGCGCAGGACUCCGAUUCCUCGUCAGACACAGAAGCCAAAGAUCGUAAAUCUGAGAAACUGCAGCCACCGUCCACUUCUUCAGGCCACCACGAUCACUGAAUGUAUUUUAGAAGAGAGAACGCUUCAUUUAAAUUCUCCUUUUAAUGGUAAAAAAGUUAAAAGGUGGUUUCACUUUUAAAGGAAAACUCUGCUAUAGAUGAAAGUGUUAUUUAUUUGUAGAAUUUUUCAAGCUGAAUGUGCACUGGCAGUCAGGGAGAAAAGGGAAGGUCCCUUAACAAAGAGCUGAAAUGAAUCGGAGGACAUUUGUUUUUUUUCCCCCAUGGUAUUAGUUUUGUUUGUGCUUAAGAUUUUUAUGUUUGAGGAGCGAAAAUGUCAAGUUAUCACCACAAAAACAAACUGAUGUAAAUAGUCAUUUUUAGAAUGUUUCAAGCCAUAAUCACUUCGCUGCAGGCUCAUGAAUGGAAUGUGUUCUCUUGUGCCUUCAUUGGUUGGCUCCCUGCGUUUUAAAUGUUAAGAGCCUGAGGAUAUUAUAUUCAGAAGCUCUCAUCCCAACCUUUUAAUAUUAUUUUGUUGUGGUUUUAUAUUGAAAAGGCUUUUUUUUAGUUUGUACUGUCUGAGUAUGUAAAACUAGAAAAGGCAAAAUUGCACAAGAAACACAGGAGUAGAAACACUAUGUGAUUAGAAAGAUUUGGGUAAACUUGCUGUCAGGGAUUGUCUUUGGGUUUUUCAUGUUGUUGGUGAGUCAGUUUAUGAGCUUUAUUGUAAUUUAAAGUGAUAUUUUUAAUGUGAACGGCUCUGUAUACUAUAUCAUAUCUUAAGUGCAAUGUUGAUGAUCUGCAUUGUCAUUGACAUCAGAAGUGAAAGUAAAACGUGGCAAUCUUGCAUUUUUGUAUGAAAAUCUUUCGCUUUAUUUACAUAUAAAGUUGUUCAAUCCAUGUCCGCCUGUUGUUGGCAGUUUAAGACAAUUCUUUCUCACAGCAGGUAUUUUGACUUUGUGUGACGAUGGAAUGGAAUCGGUCAUUUCUGCACCUUUAUAAAUCACAUAAACAAUCAUAUACAUUAUUUCUGAAUAAAAUGUAAUGUCUUACGUCUACCUCACAAAGGGUUUUAGUCAUGAUUAUUCCAAUUUGCAAUUUUUCCUCUUUCACUUGUGAGCAAUAAAACUUGUAGUCCCACACAUUACUGUCCAUUUUUUAUAAAGCUUUUUGCCAUAUA